UCCUCUCAUUGUCGAGCCGUCGUGAGCAGGAAGUCGGAAAAGAAAGCAGAAACUGAGGGGGCAGGGCCAUUUAAAAAUACCUGCUCCGCUACAAUAACGGGACCAGACAGCGGUCUUAUGGGACAGUGCUGAGGACUUGCAGCGCAGAGGAGACACGCUUGACGCAAACGCGAUAUUUAUCACGCAGUGUCACUGGAGGAAUUGUGAACGCGUAUUAUUCUAAAACAACAUCAGCAUGAGGAUUGCAUGCUUGGAGACCGAUCUGAUGUGCAGCCGAAGAAGCUAGACAGGGUGCACGUAUAAUGUGUGCUAUUGCUGUUGAUGUUUAGUGCACACAGAAGGCAGCGAGCAGGUGCAUCUCUGAAGCGGUCAUCCAGCUGGACGUUGAUGGUGUUUCUGCAGCGCAGACUGCGAGUGUGGGACAUAGGCUGGAAAGCGCGCGUAUCUAUUUAAUGAACUGAAUUAUUCCUGAACCAUAUUUAAUAUGGCAUCUACAAUUGAACGGAAAACACUGGAUGCGAAUGAGGAACCCGUGGAUGAGGUGCUUCAGAUGCCGCCGUCUCUGUUGACCUGUGGCGGCUGUCAGCAAAGCAUCGGGGACCGGUUCUUCCUCAAGGCCAUCGAGCAGUACUGGCACGAAGACUGCCUGAGCUGUGACCUCUGCGGCUGCCGCUUAGGGGAGGUGGGACGCAGGCUUUACUUCAAACUUGGCAGGAAGCUGUGUAGGAGAGACUACCUCAGACUGUUUGGUCAGGACGGGCUCUGUGCUUCAUGUGAAAAGAGGAUCCGGGCCUUUGAAAUGACCAUGCGUGUCCGUGACAAAGUCUAUCACCUGGAAUGCUUCAAAUGCGCUGCCUGUCAGAAACACUUCUGCGUGGGAGACCGCUACUUGCUCAUCAAUUCAGACAUUGUGUGUGAGCAGGACAUUUUUGAGUGGACCAAACUUAAUGGCAGCAUGGUAUAGUGUUCUGCUGAAAUCAUUAACAAAGUGUAACAUACAAACCCUUUACUUAAAAACUAGAAGGGGAAAAAAGAGGGUGACUUGUAUAUGGGUAUCAUCUUAUGUAUUUUUUAUUUAAACUUGAGAUAAAUAACCACCAGCAACACAACCUUGUUUUUCUAUUAGUGUAUUUUUAAAAAACGGCAUACAGUUUCUAAAGUUAAUUGCAAUAAAAGCUGAUUCCCUUUGCUACUUUCACAGAAAGUUAAGAUAUGAAUUAUAGUGUUAUUUGUAACACAACUGCCAUAAAAUGUGAAGACGUCUUUCUUAGAGCCUGAAUAAACAAAAUUACUCGUA